AAGUCAAGUCAACUUGUCAAAUUCCUGUUUGUCAAGUUAGGUGAUCAACGUGAACAAAUUGAACAUUUCAUCAUUAUUUUUGUAAUUUCGUCGAUACAAUUAUAAAAGCAUUUAAAAACCUAACAAUAAGAUGCCGUUGUCGUGCAGGUUUUACCAGGAGAAAUACCCUGAGGUGGAGGAUGUAGUGAUGGUGAACGUGAGAUCUAUCGCGGAGAUGGGCGCGUACGUCCAUCUGUUAGAGUAUAACAACAUAGAGGGCAUGAUUCUGUUGUCAGAGUUGUCGAGGAGACGUAUCAGAUCUAUCAACAAAUUGAUUAGAGUAGGGAAAACUGAGCCCGUUGUGGUGAUCAGAGUUGACAAAGAAAAGGGUUACAUUGACUUAUCGAAACGUCGUGUCUCCGCUGAAGAUAUAGAUAAAUGCACAGAAAGGUAUGCUAAAGCGAAAGCGGUGAACUCCAUCCUCCGACACGUUGCGGAGCUCUUACGUUAUCAAAGUUCAGAACAACUGGAGGAGCUGUACAAACAGACAGCCUGGCGCUUUGAGGAGAAGUAUAAGAAGGCGUCGGCUUACGACUACUUUAAACAGGCUGCAGUAGAUCCAUCAGUCCUCAACGAAUGUGGUCUUGAUGAGAAAACUAAGGAAGUACUCCUAGCCAAUAUCAAGAGGAAGCUAACAUCUCAAGCUGUCAAGAUCCGUGCGGAUAUUGAGUGUGCAUGCUAUGGCUAUGAAGGCAUUGAUGCUGUCAAGGCAGCAUUGAAGGCUGGCCUUUCACUGUCUACAAUGGAAAUGCCUAUUAAGAUUAACCUUAUUGCUCCACCUCUGUAUGUUAUGACAACAUCAACACCUGAGAAAACAGAUGGGCUCAAAGCACUUCAAGAUGCCAUCGAUAAAAUUGAAGAAACAAUCACCACUGCCGGUGGAGUGUUCAACGUGCAGAUGGCGCCUAAAGUUGUGACGGCUACAGACGAGGCAGAGCUCGCGAGACAGAUGGAGCGUGCCGAGGCGGAGAACGCAGAAGUCGCUGGGGACUCUGCCGACGAGGAAGAAGAUCAAGGAAUGGGUGACGCUGGUAUGGACGAAGAGCCACAGCAGAACGGUGCCUCAGACGAAGAAGAAGAAAACUAAUACAAACCUUUGUCCGCUACCUUUAUAUAUGUAUACUUUCCUUUUAAAUAUAUAUUAUACAUGUUUUAUA